AGGCAAGCUCACUCAGCUCGAAGCUUCAAGCUUCCGAGCCGUCCUCUACAGCGUGUACUCCUGCCGAUUGCUCUUUCGUUAUCUUUAUCGAUAUAUUCUUAGCGAUCCGCAUCAUUAGAGAACCGACGGAUUACCAAUCCCGCCCCUCGCGCACCGCUACCCCUACAGACCGAACGCCGACGAUGCCACCUCACGAAGGCCUCGUCCACCCCACCGAAUACGACUGGCGCGAUUCGAAUGUCGAAUUGGUCAACUCGGACAUAGAUCACAAAGUAAAAUACCAAUCGGCGGCUACCGAGCCAGCGUGGAACAACGGCGUCAUCGGCGCAGAGCCGGGGCUCUACAUAUGGCGGAUUGAAGACUUCGAAGUCGUGCCCUGGCCGAAGGAGAAAUACGGCAGCUUCCACGAAGGGGAUUCAUACAUCAUACUACACAGCGAGAAAGUGAAGAGCAAACAAAAAGGCGAUGGCGAAGCCGACAGCGACGCAGAGAAAGACAAGAUGGUGCACGACAUCUUCUUCUGGCUAGGCCGGCACACGACGCAGGACGAGGCAGGCACAGCGGCAUACAAGACAGUCGAGCUCGACGAGUUCCUGCACGGCACCGCGACCCAGCACCGCGAGCUGCAGACCGCGCCCUCGCCCGCCUUCGCCGCGCUCUUCCCGCGCCUCAGCAUCCUGCGCGGCGGCGUGCGCUCCGGCUUCACGCACGUCGAGCCGAACGAGAAACCCGAGCACAUUGACACGCUGCUGCGCAUCUUCAAGAGCCCCGCCGGCGGCCGCGACGCGAUUCUCGUGCACGAGGUCGAGCCCACGUGGAAGAGCUUGGAUGAAGACGAUGUGUUUGUGCUGGAUAAGGGGGAUAAGAUAUUUGUCUGGCAGGGGAAGCGGUGUGCGCCGAUGGAGAAGCUGAAGGCGGCGCAGGUCGUCAAUGACUUGACGGUCGCGAAGCAUGUCGAUGUCGAGGUGCUGUCGCAGUCUGAAGCGCGGUCGAAAGUCUUCGUCGACUACCUGGGCGGCGCGGAUGUUAAUCCACUGGAGACGCAGUUCAAGGCGCCGCGGCCUGUUGCUGCGGCCUCGGAGCGCGAGAUGAAGAAGCUGUUUAGGCUGAGCGAUGCGGAGGGCGGCUUGUCGUUUGAGCUUGUGAAGGAGGGGAGGGGCAUUGGGAGUGGAGACUUGGAUGGGGGCGAUGUGUUUGUGCUGGAUGCGGGGAAGAGUAUAUGGGUGUGGGAGGGUAGGGAUGCGAGUAGGCAGGAGAAGGCGAUGUGGAUUAGGGUGGCGCAGAAGUAUGUUGCGCAGCAGGAGGAUGCGGCGAGUUUGGAGGUUGCGAAGGUGAGGCAGGGGAGUGAGGGGAUGGCGUUUUGGGCGGCUGUGGAGGCAUAGAGGGGCUGUGAUGCUAGACGAGGAGAUGGUGUCAAAUUCUCUCCUGUGGAGGUGUAAAAGGAUUUCUCUACCUUCGCUCCACUAGGUUCAAUGGUGGAAGCAUUGAAUUUCGAGUCGAUACCCAUUUUCCCCACAGCUCGUAUCAUCCCAUCCCCUCUCGGCUUCCUUUUUUCCUAUUUCUAUAUUCCAGCUUUCCCCCUAUACUCUAUCUGCAUGCGAAUCCACCCAACGCCCAAUCGCUCAUCCCUACCCGCUCAACACUCCGCACAAUAUCCAAGCACCAUUCUUAACUCCCACAUCAGCCCUAGUUCCUUCCCUUUCUACAUCAACCUCCAAACACACCACCUGCCUCGCACAUUCAUACAUCUCGCUCACAUCCACCCACGUUUCCUCUACCCCCAGU